AUGGCCGCAGGAACGCCAAGGUGUGGUAGUAGCAACAUUGCAGGCAAGUCGAGAUCAGUCACAAACCCCGCGCCUGCAACCCGCUAUCCCAUGGCAACGAGGACCCUCACCAGUCGGAUCGACGCGCUGAUUCGUGUUCUGAAGCCAUGGCUUGUGCAGAAGUUGGGGUUGCGGAUGGGCGAGCCGCCCUCUUGCCGGAAGGUGGGCUUGCGCGUUAACGCUGAGCGAACCAGGAGGGGCCAACGCACGUCUUCGAGCCGGAGAGAUCGUGAGGAGUCAAGAAAUGAGUGCCGUCCCGGCGAUAAGGGUAUGUUGUAUAUGCAGGAUGCAUUUGUGUUUGGGAACAUUGACAGGGUAACGGAGACUUUGACUCGAGGAACCAGGCGCGAAACUUCCUGGAGGAUUUGGCUUGUUGGAUUGUUGGAGUCCCGCUGUGGACAGACAGACCAGCAAUGCUAUAUCGUAGAGCAAAGGUAUAAGAAGGAGGACGAAGACGCAGUUCAAUAUCCAUCCAAACAGCAGCAGCAGCAGCAGCAGCAGCAGCAGCACUUCACUUUCCCAAUUCUCUCCUUCACAUUGAUCACUGCCGGCCAAGCAGGCACGGCAAGCGCCUUACCCGAUCCCCUCAUCCGCAUCCUGACACUCCACACACCCUCAACUCUGCCGUGCUCCUGGCGGCCAAAGAUCGCCACCAUCCGACUCGGUGCUUUUGGAGAGAAGGCGAGGCUUUGGCGCCGAGUUGCUGAAAGGAGCUGAGCGUUUAGCCUGCUUUGGG